CCGGCUAUAACUGCAGCCGCCAGGAGAGGCAGAGCAGCAAAAGCGCGCAGCGCUUCGAACUUGGUGCGUCAGGAUCCCGAGCAAAGCCACCGCAGCUGUCAGCAAGUGUCUUGAGAGGGACGUAGUGGCGCCAGGAGCAGAGGCUCCCAAGACCGCUUAAGCAAGCCGCCUGUAAAGCGAGCCCACCAGCCAGCCGCCCCCUCCCCUGCAUAAGCGGAGAGCAGCUUCGGGCCAGCCGCUGCCUCAGCAUCAUGUCGGCGUGGCUCAGCUUCCUCCUCGUGCUCCUCUGCAGCUGGAGCCUGAACGACUUGGUGGCGGAGGCUUGUACCUGCCUCCCUAUCCACCCCCAGGAUGCUUUCUGCAACUCUGACAUCGUCAUCCGAGCCAAAGUGGUGGGGAAGAAGCUCAUGAAAGAUGGACCUUUUGGAACGAUGCGCUACACAGUCAAGCAGACGAAGAUGUACAGGGGCUUUGACAAGAUGCCACAAGUUCAAUAUAUCUACACAGAAGCCUCUGAGAGUCUUUGUGGGGUCAAGCUAGAGGUCAACAAGUACCAGUAUCUGAUUACAGGUCGGGUGUAUGAAGGAAAGGUUUAUACUGGCUUGUGUAACUUGUAUGAAAAAUGGGACCGAUUGACCUUAUCGCAGCGCAAAGGACUAAAUCAUCGUUACCACCUUGGUUGUGGCUGCAAGAUUAAGCCCUGCUACUACCUGCCCUGUUUCGUGACUUCCAAGAACGAGUGUCUUUGGACAGACAUGCUCUCCAACUUCGGUCAUUCAGGGUCUCAAUCAAAGCACUACGCCUGCAUCCGACAGAAGGAAGGAUACUGCAGCUGGUACAGAGGAUGGGCGCCUCCUGAUAAAACUAUCAUCAAUGCCACAGAUCCCUAAGCACACAGUCGCUUCCCUAUUUCCUUUCCUCCUUCCCUUUUGGCUGAGCUUCUCUUGGACAAUAACAACUCCUACCAGAUCAUGAUGAUGACAAAGAAAUUAGUGCCUGUUUUUCUUGCAAAUUUUAGCACUUCGAACACUUAAAAAAAAGAAAGAAAAAGUUUAUGCUGUCAUACUGAAUUUGUUUUAACCACCGUUUUCAAUUUUGAGAUCAUUCAUUUCAAUCAGAUUAUAUUCAUCUGGGAACUUUCGUUUGCACAUCAGAAAAAAUUAUGGAGCCCUUGCUCUCUAUGUAUCAUUAUCUAUAGCAAUAUAAUCUAUAUUUUUUUAGGAAAACAAAAAUAUAAAAACUAUUCCAGCUGGGCACUAUAUCCUUCUUCCAUGCCCUGGCUUCCUCAAGCCCUCUUCACACACUCAUUGCACAAAAUGUGUAGCUUGAAGGGGAAACUGGUUUAAUUGAUUAGAGCAGUAAACAAAGCCAACAAACAAACCCUUAUUCAGAUUGGAAACUGGAAGUGUGACUGGAUACAGCAGUGGGAGAACUCAGCUGAUGUUAAGACACUGCAUCAUCUGAUGAAAACACCAAGGACUGAAUGUCCCCCUUGCUCAUUCAGUCAUAGUGUGAAGGCAAGAUCACAAUGGAAGCUCUGGGGUUUCAUAGAACGAAAAGAGAUGGGUAUUAUUGUGAGGUUGGUUUUUUUUUAAACCUGCAUUACAGGAAGUAAUUCAUCUAAGUGUAAUGCAGCAGGUGAAAGUCUGAGCUUUUCUCUUAACAGAGUUGCUCCUGAAAUUUAUGCUCCUACAGCAAAACUCCUUUGUGAACAUCUUAAGCCAAACAGAUGCAAAUUAUCAAAUACUGAAAAUCAAUCAAUCACAUGGAGAAGGAAAAGGGGGAGACCCACUAGGGUUUAUUUCUAUACAAAAUCUAUUGCCAAAAUAGUGUUUAGCUGAAGUAAGAUGUAUAUACAUAUAAUGACAUAAGCUAUUUUUGACAGGACGUGGAAUUAUUUGGUGUUAUAUACAAUGAAUGCUUUGAUUGUGUUUUGAAACAGAAAUCUUGACAUUCCUAGUCAGUGAUUUAUUUUUUGGUUAAAAAGACAUUGAAACUCCAGUAUAUCUGCAGUAGUGGUUAGAAUCACUGUUUGCUCCUCACUUCAGCCAUCAUGGCUUACCUCCUACAGCUACACUGGCUAUAAUUGUAUAUGUAGUGAAAGCAAAAGCUGGUGGAGCGAGGCAAGGAAAAGCAACAGCCAAAAACUCUAAAUUUCAGCUGUCCAAUGGAUUCCAAGUGCUCUGUAACCCCCAAGCUGUUGUUAAGCAUAACUGUGGGCAUGUGCUUAUUCCACGUCCUGAGGUGACAUGGGGAAAGGGAUGGUCUUGGAUUCACUUGUUGACUGGAGGAUUUUAUUCAUUCAGUUUUUAUUCAGAAAACUAUAAUAUAAAUGUUCUUAUUAAAUAAAAAUAUUUUAAGGUUUAAUGUUGAUGUGGCGGGGUUGCUGACAGACUGGGUGACUGUGUAUAUUUUAAUAAGUUUGUAGGGAUAAGGGGGCAACACUUAACUUUUUUAUAAUUAUUUAUCUUACAUAGUCAUGUAUCUUCAAUUCAUUCCACUUAGGAAGCAGAGCUGCUGUCAGCAACAAAAGACAUUGCAGUCAUCCUAGACAGGGACAAUAUAGCAUUCUCUAUGCAGUGAUCUUUUCAAUUUAUCUGAGGCUUCUUCACCCAUAGGAGAGCAAUGUAUUCUAGUUUUGGACUGAUGCAUCAAUUGUUCAGGGCCUUUUUUACUUCAGUGAUGCUAUGCUGAUUUACACCAGUUGAGGAUCUGACCCAUUUAAUCGACUCUUUCAGCAGAAUGUGUGCGAUAGGUUUAAAUGGUAUUUUUUCUAGAAUUGUUUGGAUUAGAAGAGACGAUGGCUGGAAUAUUCAAUGCCUAAGUGGUUUAGGAGCACUAACUUCACUGAAAGUCAAUGGGACUUGUGCCUAGGCACACUUUUAAACAUGCCUGGUCCCUAUGCCUAAAUUAUGGACCUGAUCAAAGGCAAUAAGCACCCUCAAUUCUUACUGAGAUAAGGGGGAAAUUGGGUUGUUCUUUAGGAUCAGGUACUAUAUCUCAGUCUGCUUCCUUUUUGAGCUGGGCAUCAUCGAGUUGGGCUUUCAACACAGGGGACCGAUUUCUGCUCCACCUGGGCAACCGCAAUGCAGUCACAGGUGUUACUGAAAGCAGAAUUGUGCCCCUCCAUCUCGAGCAAUGAUAAUUCUACAACCAUACUUCACAAGUUGUGAAGUGACCAUCACUGGAGCUAACCAACGCCUAACCCAACUACCAUUUGAUCAAAGGUGCUUUAGCGGUCAUUAAAUCUCUCAGCACAGCCAUUGCUCCAAGCUUUGGAAGGCGGGAGGAAGAGGCUUGUUAUGAAAAGAGUUGUCAGACUUUAAUUUGGAUUUCCAUUAAACCAUAGCUUUGUGUAUUUUACCUGCUCACUGACUGUAUAAUUUAAAAUCACAUAAAUAACUGAAACUCGACAGUA